AUGGCCGUAUCUUCCGAAAUCGACUUCAGCAUUUCCCAGCAAAUAUGUGGACAGAUAUCAAGAAGGCGUCAAAAAUGGAAGCGGAUUGAACAGUUACAGAUUGAGAAGGAAACUUGGAAAGAAAAACCGAAGCCCAUAUUGGUCACACUUGAAGAAAGCCCAUCCCCUGUCCCUAAGAUAAAAAAUGAACCACACUCCUCUCCUUCAGAUGACACUGGUGACGAUGAAUUUUACGACUUCAGGAAGAAAAACACUUUAUGA